GGUUGCAGGGUACAUGGAUGUGUGUGAUCGGGCGACGGCGCUGUGAACUGUUUGCUUUCAAAACUUGUUCCCAAGUUUACUACGAAUAACUACUAGUCCAGAAGCACUAAGUAACUAGUUUAUGGAACCCAGCGACCGGGUGGUUUCUCUCUCGAGACUUGGUCGAUCGGGGAGGUCGCCUAUUGCUUUUGAUAGGAGUUAAUUUUCGAACUUGUUUGGGACAUCUGAAGCGUUCAUGGGAAUUUUGCGAGAAUGACAUCCGUUGAUGCGGUUGAUUGAUCCUGCCCUAUUCAAAAUUUCGUAGACUGAGUACGACGUGCGGCCUUUGGCCAGUUUGGGUCCAAACGUGGAGAAUGAGUUCGAUGUACCUGGAGCGCUACUUGGAAGGAGUGGAGAGUCUUCCAUUGGAAGUACAGCGAAAUUUCACGCUUAUGCGAGAGCUGGAUCAGCGCGUCCAGGGCAAUUUCAGCGAUAUCAACGGCCUGUCCAGCAAGUACAUCAGUGACGUCAAGACGUUGUCAUCAUCAACUAGAAACAAACGGUUAACGGAGAUACAGGACUUAUAUAGCAAAGCUAGGGAGCUGGCAGAUGAAAAAGUACAAUUGGCUGCUCAGACUUACGAACUUGUUGAUAAGCACAUCCGGCGACUGGAUGGUGAUUUGAACCGCUUUGAAACUGAACUAAGGAAAAAGGAAGCAGAGCAGGGAGACAGUGCGAGCACCCAAGCCGAGACCCCGUCAAGGAAAUCCAUUGAACCGCAGCGCAAGCGUGCCAAAAAUUCUCAAUCAUCGGAUACGGGCGCCUCCACUGGCGUGCCAUCAGCUGCAGAGGUACUGGACAUGCCAGUUGAUCCCAACGAACCAACGUACUGUGUUUGCCAUCAAGUGUCUUAUGGCGAAAUGAUUGGUUGUGACAAUCCUGACUGCCCCGUCGAAUGGUUCCACUUUGCCUGUGUCGGCCUAUCCAGCAAACCGAAAGGAAAAUGGUACUGUACGAGAUGUUCCCAGGAUCGGAAAAAGAAAUAACCGCGUAUUUGAGGAACGCUCUCAGUCCAUCUCUACUAUCCCUGAAUAACUUGACGAGUACUGGCCUUGAAUCUGUACAUAGCCGUUCCAUACUCUAUAGUGUAUUUGUUUUUGUUGUGGAGCUUGUGGCAGUUAGCCAUGCUAUACAGAACCAUGUGAGUAGUCAGUCCUACUGCAGUGUACAUAUGUGUAUAAUAGCUGUAUGUAUUUGUGUGUGAUAGCCGCCUAUCUUCACGCUAUGACUCUGUACAUACUAAUCAUUGACUUGCAUGUUUUUCUUCGUACUCUCAGUCUCCCGAGCCGUUGUACAUUUGAGAGUACCUGCUGUUGCUGUUGUUGCUUUUCUUAUAUAAAUCCGUUCAUUCCUUGUAUUUUACUUGGCAUGUGUGUGUGCGUGUGCAACCCAUUGAAGACUACUCAUUUACGAAGCUGGUGCAUUCCAUAUUAUUUUUAAUUUGCUUUGCUGUCUGCAUAUUUGCAUUCUACCUGUGCUUGCUUUUUCUUGAACAUUAUCAGCUGUUACUUGUCAAUCUGUUUGUAGAAGAAUAUGUAUGGAGAUAUUAAAA